AUGUGUUUUAUAUUAUCAUUAACCGAAUUGGUUGUAAGUGCUCUAAGUGGAAGAUUAUACUCACAAUCACAGCAGCAACAACAGACACCAUUAUCAGCCACAAGAACAAAAUCAUCGUACGCAGAGAAAAAAAUUUCUAAUAAUCAAGAACAAUUAAUCAUACAUUUCCAGAAUUUAUCAUGUCGAAAAGAAUUACAUGAUUACUCACAAUAUGCUUAUGAUUUAUUUUCAAAUGAAACAGAUCAGUCACUAAGUCGAACAGCUUAUUCUCUUCUUCCAACACUACCUUCAACAACAGUGGGGCAUAAUAAUCAUUCAGGAUCAAAUUUUGAUUUAAUAUCAUUGAUUCAGUCGUUGACACAGUAG